AUGAGUUUAUCAACAACAACAGUCGAAAAACGGCUCCUCGCAACCGCAGAGCAUCUCAAUGCCCCUAAUAAAUCCCAACCAACGUCGGUUCCGUGGGUACAUCCCCAUUUAGAGCAGGGCGUGGUGCCGAUAAAAGGCCGCCAGCUGCGUGCCUCGCAACCCAUCCGCCAGGGCGAGCUUCUGAUGAUUGACGUGCCCUAUGCGCUCAUUCCCGUCGUCGAUGAUCCGGCCAGUAGCGAUAGUCUUCUGUGCAGCAACCCAACCUGUAGUCGUCAGACGCAACACGGUUCGGGACGAAUGUCGUGUCCGAGUCGCUGUCUCGCAGAUGUAGUCUGGUGCAAUUCGACCUGCCAGGAAGCUGAUGAAUUGCGCCAUGAAUUCGAGUGCACCUGGCUGCAGAGAUACGCCGCUCCCAUCCGCGCAAAAUGGGGAGAAUAUGACUUUGGGAUGAUGUGGCUGAUCGUCCGCAUCCUCGCUUCUCGACAUAUGGAGCGACAACAGCUGUCUGAUACAGAAAAUCAAACGAAUCAGCGAUUCAAGGGUGGCUGGGAUGCCAUCCAGUCCUUCUGUGGCUCGUUAGACAGCUGGGCCCAUUCCCAGGUACGGUCAUGGACAGCGUUGGUCAAGAAGUACCUUCGCAGUAGUCCGGUUCUGCCACACGACUUGAGUGCCGACGAGAUCGUGGCUCUGAUCUGCCGGGAGGAAGCCAACUCCUUUGGCUUGUAUCCACGCGAGACGGGUGUAUAUCCUGUCCCAGAACCCCCUGUGGACCGGGGAGAGCAGUUUGCUGCGGCCGUGUAUCCCCGAGCAGCGAUUGCCAACCAUUCAUGCAGUCCUAAUAUCAUGCAUAAACCAGACCAUCACGGACGGAUGGUAUUCACUGCCUCGAGGGACAUUGCCGCCGGCGAAGAGUGCUGCAUAUCCUAUUUCGACCUGAGCAAACGUGUUGAUCUUAAGUCCCGUCGUGAUCACCUCCAGGGUCUGUUUAGGUUCGUUUGCGGAUGUGACCGAUGUUCGGCUGAGGAGCCAUCGGAAAAGGAGUCCAACUGGGUUGGACUACCUUUCUUGGAAUAG